CGGCAGUCUCGCUGUCAACAGUGUUAUUGUGUUCUCCGAGCGACCGCUACUCGGUCGCGUCGACGUUACAAUCGCGAUCUCUCCCGAGAUCGGAGAUAUCGGACGUGUCUCGUAAUUAGCCGAUACGCCUGUACUCCGAAAGUACUCGCGAUCUCGCGCUCCGUUCUGUCCGCGUGACGACGCGCACGUGCCUAGCCGCCUGCGGGCUCUCGCGACACACACCGUCGGCCACUCGAGUCCAAUUGUUUGCGCGGAGAGAGGCCCUCGAGUGCCGCCGUCGAGGAGCGAGCGAUCGUCGCGCAGAUCCUCCGAGAUUAUCCCCUCGAUCGCACCGCGGGCAUGCUCGCCGCGGACGACAGCAGGAUCGUGCGCGCUUCCGCGCGCGAGACGAUCGAGCUGCACAUCCUGUCCUUCGCCUACGGCCUGCACCUGAUAGUCCGACGGUUCCUCAGGUGGAUAUGGGACCCGAAGAAGUUCUUCAUGCUGCGGCAGCGGGACCAGCCGCCGCCGUGUCUCGUCGACAACAGUAUCGGCACGCAUUCCUACGUGAAGAUCAAGGGCGUCAAAUUCCAUUAUGUGGAAGCGGGAGACAAGAGUAAACCGCUCGUGUUAUUAUUACAUGGAUUCCCGGACUGCUGGUUGACUUGGAGGGAACAAAUCCCAUGCCUCGCGAAACAUUAUAGAGUAGUGGCUAUUGAUUUAAAGGGAUUCGGCGACAGCGACAAGCCGCUCAACAAGCGGUCUUACAAGGUCGAAAUUUUAAUAGACGAGUUGAAACAAUUCAUCUUGACUCUCGGCGUGAAGACGUGUAGUAUAAUCGGUCAUGACCUAGGAGGACUUCUGGGCUGGUACAUGGUCGCUCUACACAAAGACAUCGUUUAUAAAUUCGUAGCUAUUUCGAGUCCGCAUCCCAAUUUCUAUUGGAACAGAGCAUCAGGAAAUUCCGCCUUAGACAGAAAGUGGAUACAUUUCAGCAGACUACCGUUUCUGCCAGAAAUAGAUGCGCUUAAAGAGGACUUGUCUAUUAUCAACGAUACAUUUCGACACCUUCAAAUAUCUCAAGAUGGCAUAGAAAAAAGUUAUGUCGAGGCAUAUAAAUAUGCCUUCAGUAGGAAAGAGGACUGGACAGGACCGAUUAAUUAUUAUCGCAACCUUCCAUUCACAAGACUGAAUAUAGAUAGUGGCGAACAGAUUGAUAAUAAAACGCUGCUUCUAAUCGGAAAUAUGGAUCCUUUUGUAACGAUAGAAAGCAUCAUUCAAAGUGCCGAGCACGUAGAAGUGUCCAGGGUCAAAGUCAUACCAGGGGCGCAGCACUUUCCACAUCAAGAAAACUCAGACGCCGUAAAUAAGGCAAUCGUUAAAUUUUUACUAGGUACAACGUCUAACGUGACGCCAUCGAAAACACCUGUAAAGAGUCUCGUGUCCUCCUGGCUAGGAUCUCUAACAAUAAGUAACACCGUUAAGUAUGGCAAUCAGAUGAUCGACACUAUGCACAAACGAACUAACGAUAUCGUGAACGUUUUGCCCAAUAAAACACUUUAUUUUGGACAAACAAGUUAGAUGGUGUUACAUAAUAUCAGCGUUAUGUUAUUUAGAACUUUGCACUUUGUUACGAAGAAUCUAGAUAUCCUACCUGCGCUAACGCUGACGUGUGAAACUCAUAAAAGGCUGAUUUGGUCCUAUUUAUUACUUAUUUCUUAUGUAAGUAUGUCAUUACAUUCAUUGGGGAUUGCAAUUUUUGUGAAUGACGAAGUCUCGUAUCUAGAUUUCUACCACAUUCACUUUUACACGAGCGAUUUAUCUCGAAUUAUUUUUAGUAUUUUUUAUAUGUAGUCUUAAUAAGAUCUGUAUGGGUAAUAUAUAAUGAAAUAUAUUUUUAUAAUCGCAUAUAACCAUUAUUUAAAAACAAGAUUAAUAGAACAUUAAUAGAAAACAACAUAAGAUUUUCGGCAUAAAUCUAUGAAUAUUUAAAAAGACUUAUUGUUAGUACCUCAUCAAAGGCAGUUGUAAAUAAUAAUACAUUGCAAGAGAGCGUAUCUCCUGUAUCUUCUAAAGAUCAUGAUUUCAGGAAAAUGAAUAUUAAUAAGAAUAAUCUAUGGAUAUUAAUUUGUUUCUAUUCUCAACAAAAUACCGAUAUAAUGGUUAUAAUUAAGUAAUAUUGAAUAUUAAUUAUAUAA